AAAUCCAGCCUUAAACCCUCCGCUAGCACCAGAGCAAGCAAGGGUCACAAACAGUCUGCUGUAGUCGUAGAGAGCCAACGAGAACCAUUUCAAUCCAUUUUCUAUUUAUUUAAUUAAUUUUAAGUUAAAAAAAAUAAAAAAAGAAUAUGUAAAUGAUCAGAUCUGUUUAUUAAUAUCACAGAAUAGUAGGAGAGUAGUAGCGUAGCCCUUUCUCUCUCAGCUCCAGAAUUUGGGAGCCAAAAACCAUGAGAAUCAUCGAAGCUUUAUCACUCUUCUUCUUCUUCUUCAUUCUUUUCUCUUCAUUCUCUGCUAUCUCCGCCGAUUCCAUCCAUGGCUGCGGUGGCUUUGUUGAGGCAAGUUCGUCAUUGGUCAAAGCGAAGAAGGCUAGCGAUUUGAAAUUGGAUUAUUCGCACAUCACGAUUGAACUUAAAACACUUGAUGGACUUGUCAAGGAGAGAACUCAAUGUGCUCCCAAUGGUUAUUACUUCAUUCCAGUAUAUGACAAGGGUUCCUUUAUUAUUCAAAUCAAUGGACCAGACGGUUGGUCGUGGAAUCCAGACAAGGUUCGAGUAGCCGUUGAUGAUACUGGCUGCAAUGGCAAUGAAGAUAUCAAUUUUCGGUUUACGGGGUUUACUAUCUCUGGGAGAGUUGUGGGAGCUGUUGGUGGUGAGAGCUGUCCAAUUAAAGAAGGCGGGCCAUCAGAUGUAAAGGUUGAACUUUUGUCUCCCGGUGGUGAUCUUGUUUCUUCAGUUCAGACGUCAUCAGGGGGGAGCUACUUGUUUACAAACAUUAUUCCAGGAAACUAUGAAUUACGUGCUUCACACCCUGAUUUUGAAGUUGAGACUAGAGGUUCAAAGGAGGUGAAAUUGGGCUUUGGGAAUGGCGUAGUUGAUGAUAUUUUCUUUGUCUCUGGGUAUGAUAUUCGUGGGUUAGUUGUCUCUCAGGGAAAUCCAAUAUUGGGAGUUCAUAUCUAUUUAACCUCAGAUGAUGUCUUAGAGGUAGAUUGCCCCCAAGGUUCUGGUACUGCCCUUGAAACAACGAAGGCUCUUUGCCAUGCUGUAUCUGAUGCUCAAGGAAUGUUCAUGUUUAAAUCCGUACCUUGUGGAACUUAUGGGCUUGUACCUUACUACAAGGGUGAAAAUACAGUUUUUGAUAUUUCACCUCCUGUCAUGUCAGUGACUGUUACACAUCAGCAUGUGACAGUUCCACAAAAAUUUCAGGUCACUGGAUUUUCUGUUGGAGGCCGAGUCCUUGAUGGACAUGAUGUGGGAGUGGAGGGUGUUAAGAUUAUAGUUGAUGGUCAUGAAAGGUCUAUCACUGACAAACAAGGAUAUUAUAAGCUUGACCAGGUUACAUCAAAUCGUUAUACGAUAGUGGCUGUGAAGGAGCAUUACAAGUUUAGCAUUUUGAAGGAUUAUCUGGUAUUGCCAAACAUGGCUUCAAUUGUGGAUAUUAAAGCAGUUUCUUAUGAUGUAUGUGGUGUGGUUCGGAUGGUUAGUUCUGGUCACAGGGCAAAGGUAGCUUUGACUCAUGGACCAGAGAAUGUCAAACCUCAAGCGAAACAGACAGAUGCCAAUGGAAACUUCUGCUUUGAGGUUCCAGCAGGUGAAUUCCGUUUAUCAGCUUUGCCGGCCAAACCUGACAGUGCUUCUGGACUGAUGUUUUUACCACCUAGUAUUGAUGUAGUGGUUAAAAGCCCCUUGCUAAAUGUUGAAUUUUCUCAGGCUUUAGUCAAUAUACUUGGUACGGUAGUAUGCAAGGAGAAAUGCGGUCCAUCUGUUUCUGUUACUCUUUUGAGAUUGUCUGAUAAGCGUAACAAAGAAACAAAGGCGGUUAGUCUGACUGAUGACAGCAACGAAUUCUUAAUUUCCAAAGUCAUCCCUGGAAAAUACAGGCUCGAGGUCAAACACAAAUCCCAAGAAUCCAUGGGUGGGGAAGAUAAUUGGUGCUGGGAGCAAAGUUUUAUUGAUAUUGAUGUUGGUGCUGAGGAUGUACAAGGAAUUGAAUUUGUUCAAAAAGGUUACUUGGUCCAUAUUAUUUCCACACACGAUGUUGAUGCUCUUAUGACUCAACCUGAUACAUCUCCUAUAAAUUUGAAGAUUAAGAAAGGCUCUCAGCAUAUCUGUGUAGAGUAUCCGGGAGUGCAUGAGCUAUAUUUUGCUAAUUCAUGCAUUUCCUUUGGAAGCUCAUCCAUCAAGAUUGAUACCAUUAACCCAUUGCCUGUCCAUCUGAAAGCAGAGAAAUACCUCCUUAAGGGACAAAUCAAAGUAGUGCCAAGCUCACCUGAUCAUGUGUCUGAGUCACCUGAGAAUUUCAUUGUGGACAUUUUAAAUAGUGAGGGCAGUUUAAUAGAUAGUGCCAUAUCUAGACUUUCUUCCAGUGGAGAUGAAACAAGUGGUGCUUUGUAUGAAUAUUCUACUUGGGCUAGUCUUGGAGAAAAACUUAUAUUUGUUCCUCGGGACCCAAGAGAGAACACGGAGGGGAAGAUAUUGUUUUAUCCCAGACAAACUCAUGUCUUGAUUAAAAAUGAUGGAUGUCAAGCUCCCAUCCCUCAGUUUUCUGGUCGGUUGGGCUUAUACAUUAAAGGAUCAGUUUCUCCUCAGCUCUCUGGUGUUCAUAUAAGAAUUCUUGCAGCUGGAGACAGCCAAGUAGCUCAACUUAAGAAUGGCGAAUUAGUACUUGAAACUGCCACUGGUACAGAUGGCUCUUUUAUUGGAGGACCUCUGUAUGAUGAUAUUGACUACCAUGUUGAGGCAUCGAAGCCCGGCUAUCAUUUAAAACGACUUGGAGCAUAUACAUUUUCUUGUCAGAAGCUUGGUCAAAUUUCUGUACGCAUAUAUUCGAAAGAUGAUGCUGAGGAACCAAUUCCUUCUUUGUUGUUAUCGUUGAGCGGUAAUGACGGCUAUAGGAACAACUCAGUAUCUGAAGCUGGUGGAAUGUUCCUAUUUAGUAACUUAUUUCCUGGAACUUUCUAUUUGCGUCCUCUGCUGAAGGAAUAUGCUUUCUCUCCUCCUGCUCAGGCGAUAGAACUUGGUUCCGGUGAGUCUAAAGAAGUUGUCUUCCAGGCCACUCGUGUGGCAUACAGUGCCAUGGGUGUGAUUACUCUAUUGUCUGGCCAACCAAAAGAAGGUGUGUCAGUUGAAGCCCGGUCGGAGUCAAAAGGCUACUAUGAGGAAACAGUGACUGAUUCAUCUGGGAGCUAUCGUCUGAGAGGACUUCUUCCCGACACCACUUAUGUCAUUAAAGUGGUAAAGAGGGACGGUCUAGGAAACAAUAAAUUAGAGAGAGCAUCUCCUGAAUCUAUAAAUAUCAAGGUUAAAUCAGAGGACACCCGAGGAUUGAAUUUUCUCGUGUUUGAACAGCCUGACACUACUAUUUUAAGUGGCCACGUUGAAGGGAAGAAAACAGAGGAACUACAACCACAUCUUCUGGUUGAAAUCAAGUCAGCUAGUGACACAUCUAAAGUCGAGUCCGUCUUCCCUCUUCCACUUUCCAACUUUUUCCAGGUGAAGGACUUACCAAAGGGUAAGCACCUUGUCCAGCUCAAGUCAAAACUUCCAUCGAGUACACACAAAUUUGAGUCAGAGAUUAUUGAAAUUGAUUUGGAAAAGAGCUCUCAAAUUCACAUUGGCCCAUUGAAAUACUUUAUUGAAGAAGAUUAUCAAAAACAGGAGUUAACUGCUGCACCGGUGUAUCCUCUUGUUGUUGGCCUUUCUGUGGUUGCACUAUUUAUCAGUAUGCCAAGGUUAAAGGAUUUAUAUCAAACUGUGGGAACACAAACACCGGGAUUUAGCGCGGCCGCAAAGAAAGAAUUGCGAAAACCAAUUUUGAGGAAGAAGACAUACUAAUUACCAGACAAUUGUUUUUGCCCCCUAUACAAGGAAGGCAUCGAGAUCCAGUUCGUCUGGUUUCAAAGUUUUCAUUAGUUGAUUCUAACCAACAUUUACAGUAGUUGUAGAAAGCACAUUAUGAUAAUUUUUUGAUGUGGGCUUCUUUUAAUCACCACUACCCUUAGGGGUUUAGUUUAAAAUAUUUAUUAUCUUCCAAUUUUUAUCUACGUUUCUUACUAAUAAAAACUUAUGUUGUAUCAAAA